CCGUUUUGUAAACAACUGAAUAGUACUAUAAUUCAGUUCUGAUAGCACUAAUGUUCGAUUAGCUAGUAGUUUUAAAACUCCGAUCUAGCAUGGACCGUAACAAGGGCACCGGCUCUAAUAGAGCUUCCAAAAAAGUGCAUCUCGGCGGAGAACUCUAUGCACUGGGGACCAAAACCGGACGUGAUGAUACCAAGUCAAAAAUAAUGCCUGCAAAGUUGCCAGCAUCUUCAUCGUCAGAAAGAAAGAGGGAGGCAUCAGCUAGCAUUCCCAAUCCGAGCAAAAGGUUUCGUGUUAGCUUAAAGGAUACUGGUUGUGAAUCUGGCACAGGGCAAUAUGAGUUAUGGGAGCCAAUGGCCGAAAAUUGUGAAUUAGUAAAUGUUAUUGAGAAGAUCUACGAAGCUAUUGAGCAAAAUGACAAUGAGUCAGUCGUAAAACUACUUUGCGGAGUUAUUAAAAACGUUACCUGCAGUUCUUCUCGGGCCAAAGUGGACAACGUUGCAGUACUUGCAUUAAUGUACAUCGCAAAAUUGCAACCACAUUUUUUUUACAAUGACAUCAUUGUAUGUGCACUUGUGUCUUUUUUGCGGCGCGAAGCUAAUGUCAAAAUGCGCUAUAACAUGAAUCUACAUAUACUAUUUACAAAUUUAUUGGCAAGAGGAUUUGUAGACAUUUCGCAGUGGCCGGACCUGUUUCUACGUACUUACAUUGAGGACGCAAUCAAUGAGCGUUUUUGGGCAGACAACGAAUACUGUACUCCCUUUGUCAAAAACAUUUGCGCAGCAUUUAAGACCCGAGCUCCACCACUAAGUUUAUUACGUUGGGAUGCGACUUCAAUGACGUCGGGACAGGCUCACCGGGAUAGUGUCAUUGUCGAUGAUGAUUCUGGAGAUAAUUCGACACAGAGUAUGGAUGCUAGUCCCACUCUUAACGCUGACUUGGAACAGAUGACAGAUGCUCUAUGUGCUGUGAAACGAAGAUUUACGGAUAGUACCGUUCAAAAACUGGUUUGUGAUGCCAUUAAGGAUCAGUUAAAUAAGCGCCAGCAACAGGAUAACUACACUAGAAAUUUCCUUAAAUUUCUGUGCACCACUUCUGGCAUCGGAGAAGUACGAUGUCUCAGCAUUUCCCGAUUGGAGCUGUGGAUACAUAAUGGAAAACUUGUUAAAUUUGCUCAGCAAUUGCUUUCAUAUAUAUGCUUCAAUAUUAAAGAGAGAAGUUCUCAAGACAACGAAGUACUUUUGGUACUUGUAAAGAUGCGAUUGAAAACAAAACCCCUCAUAAAUCACUAUAUGUCGUGUCUCAAGGAAAUGAUAUAUUUGCAGCCAGAUAUACUGAGUACAAUUAUGAAACUGGUAGUACAAAAUGAACUUUCGAAUACCAGGAAUCCAAAUAAUAUGGGAAUGCUUGCUACUAUGUUUCAAACGUCACCAGAUCAAUCGGCUGUUAAUCUAGCUGAAAUUUAUCAAGAGUUUUUACUUCAGCGGGAUGAUUGUUUACGGACUUUACGCGUCUUCCUUCGGGAACUUGUUAGAAUGCUCCGUUUUGAUGUAAACCUUGUGAAGUUUUGCAAAAGCUUUUUAAGUGAGAGGGAAGAACUAACUCCUCAAAUCGAACAAUUUGAAUUCAGAGAGCGAAUAUUUCACUCCAUGGUUGAUAUAGUUUGCCUGUGCAUGUUUUUAUCUGCGACCCCACAGGCACGUGAAGCCAGCUUGUCGCUAAAAACCAAUCGUGACGUUAAAAACAACCAAGCUCUAAUAAAGCUGUAUAAUCAAAUGUCACAAAUACAGUUGGAUACCGUCUCGUGGAUGUACGAGACGGUUCCAACACUUUUUAAAAUACAAGGUACUGAGUACAAUCAAGCAUUACAUAAGGUACUUUUAUUGGACAAUCCUGACCAAUAUUCGCGAUGUGACCAAUGGCCAUCGGAGCCAGAAAGAGGAGCUAUACUACGAAUAAUAUCAGAAACACCUAUUCAUGAAGAGACCCUGCUACGAAUAAUUUUAAUUGGCAUAACAAAAGACAUUCCGUUUUCGAUUGCAAACACGUUUGAUGUUUUGUUACUUGUAAUUAAGCGUGUUUCUGGAAUGAAGGCAUCAAAUUUUCCAGCAGUACAAGCAAAUAAAUUUGAUAUUAUUGACUUUUUAUUCAGUAUGUCAGAGUACCAUCAUCCAGAAAACAUACGGUUGCCGGCCGAUUACGAACCACCAAAGUUGGCUAUCAUUGCAUUUUAUUGGAAAGCUUGGCUUAUUUUAUUAAUGAUAUCUGCCCACAACCCCUCUACGUUUGGAGCAUUUUGCUGGGACCACUACCCGACGAUGAAAAUGCUAAUAGAAAUUUGUAUUACCAGUCAGUAUAACAGUUCGGCGUCUACUAAAGAAGAGUUGCAGAUUACGACAGUCGAAAGAGAUCACAUUCUUCAAUUCGAAACGUAUUUGGCCGCUCAAACUUCCCCUCACGCUAUUAUUACGGAGGAAAAUGCCAUCUUAAUUACUCAGUUAAUGCUUAUGGACCCGAUGGGAACACCUCGCAAAGUACCGAGCUUGGUUUUGGAUCAACUUAAGUUUCUGAAUCAAACAUAUAAGCUUGGUCAUUUGUUUUGUCGCUGUCGGAAACCGGAUCUUUUGCUAGAUAUAAUACAAAGGCAAGGAACUACACAAUCUAUGCCAUGGCUGUCGGACUUAGUUCAAAACAGCGAAGGUGAUUUUAGUCAUCUCCCUGUUCAAUGUCUGUGUGAGUUUUUAUUGUUUAAUGCUCAAAGCAUUAAUGAAGAAAAUAGCCGAGAUGCCGAAUUAGUCGAUUUUCUUCGAAAUCUAAUAAUGGAUUCAAAUCUUAAUCAUCACACAGUUUGUGAAGUUUUAGACUAUAUAUUCCGUCGCCUGUCGUCUACUGUAAAAUUGUCAAGAGUAGCUGCAUUAGCUGGCUUAAAAAUAAUCUUCAAAAGCUCUGGUGAAUUCGAAAACGAAUGGUUGCUAAAAUCCAUUCAACAUAUUCCACAUUUUGCUGAAGUGAAAGUUUUUAUUAUUCCACAACUUAGAGCUGCCUGCCAAGUAGAGAAUAGUCCAGAACUUAUCAUGGCUUAUAUUCAAUUUAUAACGGCACAUACUCUUAACGACCCCGUUAACGAAAUGUUAGAUCAUGUAAUAGACAUGGCUCAAUUAAUCGUGGAGCGUAGCACCAUGUUUCAACAUAUUAUAAUUUCUCAAGAAGAUUACGAUAUGAACCCAGAUGAGAACCGCAUACAAACUCUGAAAUGUCUCUUUGUUAUGUUUAAUAAUUAUAUUAUCAAGCUAAGAGAAUACCAUGAGCCCUACGAAUGGACAGAAUACCCGGACUUGUUAAUGGUUCAGUUUGAUGAUGGUGUCCAACUACCUCUGCAUAUCAAUAUAAUACAUGCAUUUAUUAUCCUUCUCACAUACUCAAGUAGAAAUAUGCCUGAAUCAAUACCGAUCCUCGAUUACUGGUUUCCUCCAGGAAGACCAGCUCCAGUGGCAUUUUUGCCGAACAUGCCCCAAGAACCAAUGCAACUUUUGCCCGAUUGGCUAAAGCUUAAAAUGAUUCGUUCCUCAGUAGAUCGGCUUAUAGAAGCUGCACUUCAUGAUCUUACGCCAGAUCAAAUCGUACUUUUUGUGCAAAAUUUUGGAACACCCGUCAACUCAAUGUCAAAAUUGUUAGCCAUGCUGGACACUGCAGUGCUGGAACAAUUCGAUUCAGUGAAGAAUGCCAUUCUAAACAAAGCAUAUUUGGCACAAUUAAUUGAAAUUCAACAGGCCCGUGGCGCUAAAAAUGGUCAUUAUACAGUCCAAGCACUUGACUUACAUUCACAUUCUCAAACCGUUCCCGAUCUUCCAAAAAUACAUGUGCAUAUUUUAGAAAACGUUCAUAUUGAUAGUUACGAGUCGAAACCAGUUGAUAGGGAGAGCGAAGAUUAUACAGCGAAUGAAAUUAUAAGCACUAUUGUGAGGAAUCCACAAAAUGUUAGGCUUCAAAACCAUCAAUAUCGGGGUAUAAUUCACAAUUUUCUAGACCUUGUUAUAAGUCCUCCAAAGGAUGAGUCUGACCUUUUCACUUCUAUAUCUGACAUCAUUGCAUUACGUUCAUCCGAUAAUAGAAACGAAGUAGAAUUUAGGCAAUCUAUUGAAAAAAGUCGCCUGACGUGCACAUUUCUAAGAACAUUUUUUAGUUGCAGACUCGAAAGUGAAGACUAUCAUGCUAUCAAAAGUACAUUACAAACGAAUAUUCACAUCGCAAACAAAUUAUACGAUACUAAUUUGGCUUACAAAACUCAGAUGUAUCUCGAAAGUUUACUUUUCAUGAUAGAAAGCUCAAAUGAAAUGUAUAAUAACAAAUAUAAAAACAAGUUCUCUCCGGCACAGAGGAAAACAAUUGUCAAAGGCAUUAUUGAUAGUUUUCAUAAUUAUCCAAAACUUAGCAUAAAAACGGAAACAACAAACAAAAACCAUCUUCUUUUCCAUAAUGGCCUUUUUAUAGAUUGGCUGGCGGAAGUAGAUCCGGAAAUUGUAGCCACCCAGCUUUUGAGGGAACGCUUUUUAUUUUCAAAAUCGUGUAGUGAGUUUCGUUUUUACCUUUUAUCACUUAUAAAUCACCAAACCAAUUGGGACACAAUUGAGCGUAUAGCUCAAUCCUUGUUUAAAGAACACCACGUCGACUAUGAUUAUAGCACGGUGCUUAAUUAUUUUGAGGCUCUGACUACCAAUCCCAAACUUUGGAAAGGUCGCGAGAAAUACAUGUCGAAGAAUGUACAGCCCAAUGACCUUUUUGUGCUCAAUUCUUCCGAAUUGGAAACAUUCACUGAAUUUAUUCUCAACGAAGGCAUUGCUGAAAUGAAAGCUGAGAACUCAAAUUAUGAUUUCAAGUUGUGCUCACGAAUGAAUCUUUUAUUUAAACUCACUGAAAAGAAAAGAGGAGCAAUUGUUAAAUUUGUUGAAUAUGUUCAAAAGAGUUCAGUUUCUGAAUCCUUAAGGCUUCAAGUUUUGCAACAAUUAUAUAUCAUGUAUCCUCGCAUUAAAUUCUUGAAUUUACCAAAUGCUGGCGAAAAAACAUAUAAGCUUCAAACUCUUAAAGGUUGCCAGGCUGAUAAAAUUUCAAAUAACUUGAUAACUUGUUUGGGUAGUUUGAUAGCAAAAAAAGAUUUCGAAACAUUGUCCACAGACACAGAGCUAUUAAUUCGUAAAUUGGCUGCUUCCCAUCCAACACUAUUUCUCCGUCAACUAAGUGUAUUGUCUUCUGUAAUGCAAGGAAGAGCUCAAAAUAGUAUGAAGGCUUUGAGAGAAGAACAUCACUUCCAUCGAUUUGUGCAAAUACUUAGGACGUUGGAACUGUUACAACCAACUAUUUUCGAUGAUGUAUAUAAGAACGAAAUCCAAACUACACUCGCAUGCUAUUUCACGUUUUUCAAGCAUCAUAGCUCUGUUAAAGAGGCGUGCCAGAUGCUUAUUAAAUUUGUGCAAGUACUACAAUCAUAUAUAUCCAUUAAUCCAACAAGCGCGUUACUUUUUAUCGAACAAUACGUAGGUAUUUUAAUGGAACUAGCAGCAAAAUAUACAUCCAUUUCAAAAUUACAAGUUCUUGUUCAAUCUGUUGCUUUGCUUCAACAUAAGUCUAACACGUCUUCUGAGCUCGAUGAUGAAGAAGUUAAGUACGAGUAUGAGCUGGACGAGAACCCGGAUAUAAAACCUAGCAACAAAACUGUUAUUGGCGAUGUUGAACCAAUUGAGGGAAAUCAAAGCACUGCUCAGAUGGAUUCGGGGCGAUCGUCCUCUUCGGCGUUAACGCUGGGUUCAUACAGCAGAGAAAAUCUGGCGGAUAUAUCGCCGCAUUUUCUUGAACUAAUCAAAAUAAUUAAACAGUCAAAUAUCGAAGAAAUAGUUUUGGGGCCGUUGCAAGAAAUCGAAUGCAUGACCUCAAAACGUUUUGUGUUUAUAAAUGAAUUAUUUGAACGAUUACUGAACCUAAUAUUUUCGCCCAGUGCACAAAUACGAUCAAUAGCUUUUAUAAUUUUAAUAAGACACUUAAAACACAACCCCGGCAAUUCAGAUAUAAAUCAGUGCGCAUUAAAUGCUUACAUUCAAUGCUUACGAGAUGAGAACUCUUCUGUGGCAGCAACUGCUAUUGAUAAUUUGCCCGAAAUAUCAGUCCUUCUACAGGAAUAUUCAAUAGAAAUUUUAUCUGUAGCGUUUUCUCUCGGUAUAAAAUCUUGUCUGAACACAAGCACGCAAAUAAGAAAAGUUCUUCAAACAUUAGUAAUUCAACAUGGGUAUUAA